UCGAUUUUGGACGAAAUGUCCAAUUUUAUGCGAAUUUCGAUAAGAAAGUCCAAAGUCGAUGCUCAAAGCCGGCGAAUUUUGCACCUCUUCUCUUCUGAGUUCUCAGCGUUCCUGAACACAUUUGUGGGAAAUCCUUCCCACUCGUAUCACACUGUCUCUCCUUCAAGCUUGCUCUGGGUUGGGUCAAGGUGUCGCCAUUUUUCGCAUUCUGUCCCCCAAGAAAAUAUUCUGAUUUCUCGGGGUAGAUUUGUAGAGAAUAUUAUCCCCUUUUGUGGUUCAAAUUCUCUUCGAAACACCAAUUUCUCUCAUCGGAGUCACCGGGCUCCGGUCUUUGCCUCACAGAUUCGCUUCUGGGGUUCCCAAACGCUUUCAGAACAGUCAACCUCAGAUGGGCUAACGGUGGACGGGAUUCUAGCGAACAAUUGGGCGAUUCUAGACGAGAACGAGGGUGAUUGGAAGAGUCAUGCAGCUGCGGUAGCUCAGUCUAUUCAUUUGAUUAAACGGCGUCUACAGUGGAGAAAAUUGAUGGUCAGGUUGUAUUUCUUAUCUGCCGAGCUUAAUAAGCAAGACCUUUGGGAUGAUCCUGUGCAUGCAAGUAAAAUAAGCCGUGAGCAUGGUUCGCUCAUAGGAAAAAUGAAAGAGGUGAACGCAUUGGAGCAAGAACUACUAGAGAAUAUUGACAUGAUAAAACUUGCCAGAGAGGAGAAUGAUGAAGAUUUGGAAUCGGAAUCAAUGAAAGCGCUUCUUAAAAUGAGAAGAAAUUCAAAAGAAAAGGAGCUCGAGGCAUUGCUUGCUGGGGAGCAGGAUUUAUGCUCUUGUUACAUUGAGGUUCAGGCUGGAGCUGGUGGUACUGAGAGUAUGGACUGGGCUGCAAUGGUCAUGCAGAUGUACAAGUUUUGGGCCCAGGGACGUGGAUACAAAGUAACUGUAGUGGAAGAAAUGCCUGGUGAGAUUGCAGGAAUCAAGCGAGCGACAAUUAAAGUAGAUGGUGAUUAUGCCUUUGGAUAUGCCAAAGCAGAAGUAGGAGUGCAUAGGCUGGUGCGAAUAUCACCUUUUGACAGCAAUAAGCGACGGCAUACUUCUUUUGCUGCUGUAGCAGUGACCCCAAUCCUGGGUGAUGCAUCUGCUCAUGUGCAAAUUAAUGAAUCUGAUCUUCGAAUUGAACGGUUUCGUUCUGGGGGACCUGGUGGUCAGCAUGCUAACACAACAGAAAGUGCUGUAAGAAUAGUUCAUAUUCCUACAGGAAUUACUGCUGUUUGUCAGAAUGAAAGGUCACAACAUCAGAAUAAGGCUUCAGCAAUGGCUGUGCUUCAAUCUCGGUUAGAUCAACUGGAGAUGGCACGCCAGGCACAGUUGAAUGCUCAGCAUACCCAAUCUCUCACUGAUAUAACUUGGGGCAGCCAGAUACGCAGUUAUGUGCUCCAUCCUUAUCGCAUGGUGAAAGAUCUUAGGACUAAUUAUGAGGUUUCUGAUCCCGAUUCUGUGCUUGAGGGGGACCUUGAUGGUUUCAUUUUGAGCUAUUUAUCAGCCUGCUUGGAUAAAGACGAGGAUGGUGCCUGAAUCGAGUUCCUUCAUUUUGGUGACACCGUCUGCCUUUGUGCAUUUAGUGUUGAAACGUGUUAUGAUUGCGCAUUUUCUGAGAUGGAGAUUUCAGUUGACCUCGGGUUAUCACAUGACGUAGCGGACAAGGAGCAAGCGUUUUUCUUGGUACUUGCCCUGACUUUUUCCCGACACAAAUACUUGCCCUAAUUUUACUUAUUCAUAAAUGAAUAAAAGCAUCCACCUUUCUUUAUGAAAGGUUUACAAGAGUCCGCGACUUCCAGCUUUCCUAAUGUUGUAUCUGCCAAGUUUAAAAGCUUGUUUAUUUCACUCAAAAAUAAAAAAAAAGCUUGUUUACUA